AACACCACCCCGCCAUUACUCUACCUUUCUCUGUCCACGCCUUUUACGCUUUACGAACCACGACUGGAGCAGCUGGCUGCUUCUACCAAUUGUGCUUUGCCAUUGCUAGAAACUCCUCGAGCAGUCUAUCCUUCCGACCCAAAGACUCAACACAGGGGAAAUCCGAAACAAAAGCAGUUAAACCACAUUAGUUUGUCGGCAUAUUAGGUGGAGCUAUCUUUAAGGACGCAUCAAUCGCAGAGCUCUGUUUACACAACGACGGUCCCAUAACGGAAGAGCAGCCGAAGCAAGAUGACGGGACAACUGCAGUCUCAGACAACAUCAAUACCUAAAACUGGCGGAUCGAGCCAAGAACAGCAGCAGCGUCUCCAACAAAAGCAGCCCCACACCGUCAUUGUGGGUAUAAGCGGAUGUUCGUCCAGCGGAAAAACGACAUUAAGUCGGUACCUCCGUGAUCUGUUUCCAGACGUAUUUAUCUUGCAUGAGGAUGAUUUCUAUAGACCAGAGGAGCAACUCCCAUUCAAAGCUGGACUUCGUGAUUGGGAUUGCGCCGCGUCUAUUGACAUUCCCGCAUUCGUAUCCGCGCUCGAAUAUAUUCACGCGCACGGCAGUCCACCGCCUGAUCUCGAGUCCAAAGAAGACCAAAACGAUGUCGGCCCCAGCCAUGUCCCUGAGGAAACGAUGAAACGCUUGAAGAAUAUGGUGAAGAAGUGGACAGAUUCAUUCCGAACGGAUGCUCCAAACAUGUCUUCUUCUUCUUCUUCUUCUUCUCCCCGUGAAGACGGAGAAAGGGAAGGUGAAAGAAAACAAAAUCUUGGUCCAUCGCAAAGUCCACCCCGUAUCGCUCUAGUUGACGGCUUCCUCCUGUAUGGCAGCUCCGUACGCGACACUCUUCUCCCGCAUUUCGACAUCAAGCUCCUAACUCGUGCCCCUUACUCCCGCGCCAAAGCCCGUCGCGAGGCUCGCUCAGGCUACGUCACGCUUGAAGGAUUCUGGGAAGACCCACCAGGCUACGUGGAUGAUGUGGUUUGGCCGAAUUAUGUCGACGAUCACGCGUACUUGUUUGCACAGGGAGAUGUGGAGGGCCAAGUUAACAAAUCUACGGCGAGCGAGUUGGGGGUGUAUGUUACCCCAGAAUUGGAUAUGCAGAUGGGAGAGAUGCUUGAGUGGGCCAUCGAGGUGAUUACGCGCACGGUGAGAUAGUUGACUGAUUUUACUAAAGGAGUUUUGUGGUGUAAGGUAGGCUUCGUCUGUUGCUUGAUGAUGGUGCGCGAGUGGAGAAUAACACCCGAGAAGCCGCCGCGAGAGAAAUGGAAUAUGAUAUGAAAUGAGUAUAGAUAUAGAUAUAGAUGCGUAUAUGACAUUCGAGCACGGCAUCAUAUAGUACAUAGUGUGCUUAGCAUAGACUUGAAACUAAAUGAUAAAAAGAGAUAAUCCGC